CUUAACGCUCAUCCUUCAAGGUUGUUCAGCACUGAAGCUUCAUCCACUCAUAGCUCUCAGUGUCUGUUUUUCUUUUCCUGGAGUUUUGUGCUUCCAUUUACUAAAAAUGGCUCCAAACUUCAAAUUCUGCUCUGUCCUUUGGAUAGCUGUUGCAGUUACUGCAGUGACAACAGAAGGGGUAACAGGGACUGCUUCCCCCCGGAAUACAGACACUCCAACUACAGAUACUCCAACUACUGAUACUCCAACUACAGACACUCCAACUACAGAUACCCCCACUACAGAUACCCCAACUACAGAUACCCCAACUACUGAUACUCCAACGACAAACACCCCAACUACUGAUACUCCAACGACAGACACCCCAACUACUGAUACUCCAACUACAGAUACCCCAACUACAGAUACCCCCACUACAGAUACCCCCACUACAGACACUCCAACGACAGACACCCCAACUACUGAUACUCCAACUACAGAUACCCCCACUACAGACACUCCAACGACAGAUACCCCAACUACAGAUACCCCAACUACUGAUACUGCAACUACAAGUACUCCAACGACAGACACUCCAACUACUGAUACUCCAACUACAGAUACUCCAACUACUGAUACUCCAACUACAGACACUCCAACUACAGAUACCCCCACUACAGAUACCCCAACUACAGACACUCCAACUACAGACACUCCAACGACAAACACCCCAACUACAGAUACUCCAACUACUGAUACCCCAACUACUGAUACCCCAACUACAGAUACUCCAACGACAGAUACCCCAACUACUGAUACCCAAACUACAGAUACCCCCACUACAGAUACCCCCACUACAGACACUCCAACGACAGAUACCCCAACUACAGAUACCCCAACUACUGAUACUGCAACUACAAGUACUCCAACGACAGACACUCCAACUACUGAUACUCCAACUACAGAUACUCCAACUACUGAUACUCCAACUACAGACACUCCAACUACAGAUACCCCCACUACAGCUACACCAACUACAGAUACCCCAACUACAGACACUCCAACUACAGAUACCCCAACGACAAACACCCCAACUACAGAUACUCCAACUACUGAUACUCCAACUACUGAUACCCCAACUACAGACACUCCAACGACAGAUACCCCAACUACUGAUACCCAAACUACAGAUACCCCAACUACUGAUACCCAAACUACAGAUACCCCCACUACAGAUACUCCAACGACAGAUACCCCAACUACAGAUACCCCAACUACAGAUACCCCAACUACUGAUACUGCAACUACAAGUACUCCAACGACAGACACUCCAACUACUGAUACUCCAACUACAGAUACUCCAACUACUGAUACUCCAACUACAGACACUCCAACUACAGAUACCCCCACUACAGCUACACCAACUACAGAUACCCCAACUACAGACACUCCAACUACAGAUACCCCAACGACAAACACCCCAACUACAGAUACUCCAACUACUGAUACUCCAACUACAGAUACCCUAACUACAGAAACCCUAACUACAGAUACCCCAACUACUGAUACCCCAACUACAGAUACUCCAACUACAGACACUCCAACUACAGACACUCCAACUACAGAUACCCCAACUACAGACACUCCAACAACUGAUACCCCAACGACAAACACCCCAACUACAGAUACUCCAACUACUGAUACCCCAACUACUGAUACCCCAACUACAGAUACUCCAACGACAGAUACCCCAACUACUGAUACCCAAACUACAGAUACCCCCACUACAGACACUCCAACGACAGAUACCCCAACUACAGAUACCCCAACUACAGAUACUCCAACUACUGAUACUGCAACUACAAGUACUCCAACGACAGACACUCCAACUACUGAUACUCCAACUACAGACACUCCAACUACAGAUACCCCCACUACAGCUACACCAACUACAGAUACCCCAACUACAGACACUCCAACUACAGAUACCCCAACGACAAACACCCCAACUACAGAUACUCCAACUACAGAUACUCCAACUACAGACACCCCAACUACAGAAACCCUAACUACAGAUACCCCAACUACUGAUACCCCAACUACAGAUACUCCAACUACAGACACUCCAACUACAGAUACUCCAACGACAGACACCCCAACUACAGACACUCCAACUACAGAUACUCCAACUACUGAUACUCCGACUACAGAUACUCCAACUACAGAUACCCCAACUACUGAUACUCCAACGACAGACACCCCAACUACUGAUACUCCAACUACUGAUACUCCAACUACAGAUACCGCCACUACUGAUACCCCAACUACAGAUACCCCAACUACUGAUACUCCAACUACAGAUACCCCAACUACAGAUACCCCAACUACAGAUACUCCAACUACAAGUACUCCAACUACAGACACCCCAACUACAGAUACUCCAACUACUGAUACUCCAACUACUGAUACUCCGACUACAGAUACUCCAACUACUGAUACCCCAACUACAGAUACUCCAAUUACUGAUACCCCAACUACUGAUACUCCAACUACAGAUACUCCAACUACAGAUACACCAAUGACAGACACUCCAACUACAGACACUGCAACUACAGAUACCCCAACUACAGAUACACCAACUACAGACACUCCAACUACAAGUACUCCAACUACAGAUACCCCAACUACAGACACUCCAACUACAAGUACUCCAACUACUGAUACCCCAACUACAGACACUCCAACUACAAGUACUCCAACUACUGAUACCCCAACUACAGAUACUCCAACUACUGAUACCCCAACUACUGAUACUCCAACUACAGAUACCGCCACUACUGAUACCCCAACUACAGAUACCCCAACUACUGAUACUCCAACUACAGAUACCCCAACUACAGAUACCCCAACUACAGAUACUCCAACUACAAGUACUCCAACUACAGACACCCCAACUACAGAUACUCCAACUACAGAUACACCGACUACAGACACUCCAACUACAGACACUCCAACUACAGACACUCCAACUACAAAUAUUCCAACAACUGAUACUCCAAUUAUAGAUACUCCAACUACUACUCCAACUCCUGGUACUACUACAGCAGCUCCAGGUACUACAGCAGCUCCUCCGGCUACUACAGCAGCUCCUGGUACGACUACAGCAGUUCCAGAUCCCUGUUCUUCAAACCCUUGUGGCCAAGGAAGCACGUGUGAGGCUCGAGCCAAUAAGGGCUUUGUAUGUUUGUGUCUGGCUGGUAAUAACUACAACAACAAAACACAUCGUUGUGACCCUGCCAAAGUUUUCCCUGGACAAAUACAACUGCCUAAGAUAAAAUAUGACAAGAGUAUGUUAGACAAGAAAUCACAAAAGUUCAAAGAGACUGCAGACCUUAUUACCAAAGAGCUGGAUGAGAGUUUGGGAUCUAAUGAUACUACUUACGUUGGAUCUAUAGUGCUGGAACUGGGGUAAGUUUGGAGUAUAGAAUUAACCAUCCAUCUAUCUUGAACCAGUUCACUCAGAUCCUCCUGCACUUAAUAAUUACCAUCAUUCAGAGUGAUUUCUGUCCCUACAGGUCAGCUGGCAACAGUCAAUCAAGGGCAUCAACUUCGUCUGAUGGCAUCAAUGCGACUGUAGAUAUCAUCUACUCACCAGAAUCCAAAAUCACAGCAUCAGAUGUUGUAGCAAAGGUGGAGAAGGUCACUGAAUGCACCAACUGUGUAAUGGCAGGUGCACGUUUUACUGAGGAAAACCUGUGUGUGAGGAAACCAUGUGAUGCAGACACCACAACAUGCUCUUCAAGAGAUGGAACUUUCACCUGCACCUGUGAUGAGGAGUACGUUCCAAGUAACUUCAGCAGCAGAGUGUGUGUUGCUUGUCCCCCUGGACAACAAAAAGAUAAUUCUGAGUGUGUCAGUUGUGCAUUUGGUUAUUCUGGCGUUAACUGCAAUGAAUCAUGGCAGCUUGUCCUGGUGAUCGUCAGCACCGUGCUCGGUGCGCUGCUGAUCACUGCCCUCGUUCUUCUGCUGUUAGUCAAUAGCACGCUGUCAAAGGAAAAGUCGAAG